UUGUAUCAUUUUCACGUUUUCGAAUUGUUCACUAAUGUUUACACAAAUAUAAGCAAGGUGAUGCUCAUGACUUGCAGCGUUGCAGAUGUAAAAAUUAUAUGCUUUUGUGUUUUAGGACUUCCCAAACAAUAGUAAAUUACGAUUGAGUUCAACCCCACUGCCUUCCGUACCUGGACCUCAACAAGCAGCGGGUGCUAUACACCUUCCAGAGCCUCUUCCACAUUCUGUUACGACCAUUAGCGCGAUUCCACACUGCCAAAUAUCAAGAGGCAUUUCACUCCCUUUAUUGGAAACUGUGGAAUAGGUAGACUAUACUCUGCAGUGCUCACGCUCACAAGUUUGAGAGAGGUUCUACUGGCAAUUGAAAGCUCCACGUGCCACUUCUUUACCCCUUCUUGAUGCUGUCGCUGCUUAUGCACGAACUACGUAUAUUAAUCUGCUUCUUGAUUUAUUUUUGUUCAUUUGUUAUUCUAGCUAACGGGAGCUUGGGUUGCUGGUUUUGUUCCAAGUCAAGGUCUCUAAAUCAUGAAUAAUAAUCAUAAUGCACAAGAGCGAUGAAAUUAAAUGGAAAAAAAAGUUUCAAUGAGAAACACCAAAAACAAACCAGUUCUGAAGUCAGAGCCAAGCGAAAGUCAUUCAUUAGGAAUGCACAAUUCAUUAUGGAAAUGAACAACUGUCCAUCUUAGCAUUAAUUAAGUCACGUUCGUUAAGGGGUUCAGAACUUCAGAGUGGACCACUUGUGAGCUGUGUGGUGGUGAGUGACAACUGGAAAAGCAUUUCUUAUGAUUCUGGACGAAACUUAGAAGCUAGAAACCUGAAGCCAUCGAUUCACAUCUGAGACAAAUAAUUCGUUGUGUAACAGAAAUAUGUUUUGCAUUGUUCAUAUCUUUCUAAGAAAAGAAGGAGAAAAACUGUAUUAAUUUUGAAUUACAUUAUAAAGAACAAACAUAAUCCUCACCUGUGCUUGAUGUGGGUCUAGUAACUGGCAGUAUCUGGCGCAAAUUCAGAAAACUAUGAGCAUCGGAAAGCGCACCGGAUGUGGCCUUCUGUGCAUCGUUCUUUCAACAUUUUUUGUGUACUCCUUGCACCUGACCUCAGGUAAUAUAAGGACUUUUCACAAAGUGCUAAAUGCUUUCGAUAUGUCAACCAAUGGGAGUCAAAAGCCGUGGAGUUACCCAAAAGUCAGUCGUUACGACGACACUAUUCAUGGAAAUGCAAGUAAUGGAGAUGAUUCUCAUGCAAAGAAAGAUGGUUCUGAUGAGGAUUCAAGCAGUAACGAUCUGUCCAAUAAGCAUGUCGUAGACGUAAACGCAGGUGUUCCUCAAGGUCCAGCGAGAGAUUUAUCUGGGAAGAUUAGAUACCCUUGGCGUAACGAUCCUCAGUGUGAUAAGUACAACAUAGCAUUCGCGAAGAGGAUGCCACGGGCGUUCUUGGUAUCGUACCCUCGCUCCGGUAACUCUUGGGUGAGAUAUCUUAUAGAGGGAGCAUCUGGCAUCUUCACAGGCUCCAAGUACGGCAACCAAAUGUUAGUAAAAAUGGGUUUCCUUGGCGAGGAUAUCAGCUUCAAAAGUCGUCGCACUAUUAUCAACAAGAUUCACAAAAAUUCGAGAAAGAAAGUCCGGGAUUAUUCAAAAGUCGUCCUCUUAAUCAGAAAUCCAGCAAAGUCUAUUGUUUCUUACUGGAACUACAAUAAUAAUAAAAAAGGCCCAAAACGCAUAACUCAUAAUGUGACUGCGGACUCAUACAAGACGGAAGGCUUCAAAAAAUUCGUCAAGACCUGCAUUGGUGGAUGGACGACGGUGGCCGCAGAUCGCCUGACGUUCUCUCGAAAGUUAUUAGUUGUCCCUUACGAGUACUUGCUGGAGAACCCUAUAGCUCAAGUUCGUCGUAUUCUUCGAUUUCUCAGUGUUCCAGAAGAUGAGGGUCGCCUUGCAUGUCUGUCAAGGCAUACAGAAGGCCCAGCCAAAGGCCUCCAGAGAAAGGUUGACCCAUAUACUGAAGAACAGAGGAAGCUGAUGGCACAACGAGUCAGCGAAAUACAAAAGCUUCUGAAAUCCCGAAAUAUGGAUCCGCUCCCUCCUUAUCCUGAAAUACCGCUCCAAUUGGCAACUCAAAAUUAACUUUCCGUCAGUUGCGAAUUACUGAAAAAUAAAAAAAUGAGCUUUUUCAGCAUUUACAAAGCACUCAUAAAAAUGACAACUCUGUUAGAUGAACAUGACCACUUUUUAUAUUUCGAUGCGUUUCCAUAGCAAGGAAUAACACGGGGCACUAUGUAUUGCUUAAAAUAUCAAAAGGACAAAGAAAAGAUAUAUUAAAAAGAUGAGAGAGAGAGAGAGAGAGAGAGAGAGAGAGAGAGAGAGAGAGAGAGAGAGAGAGAGAGAGAGAGAGAGAGAGAGA